AUGGCACACAGCUGUUUCUCCGGGCCCUGCUUGCCCUCAGCCUCCGCCAACUCCGUCUGCUCCAGUGAUGUGAGCCGCAGCAGCAAUGUCUGCAUGCCCAGCUCGUGCCUGAGGGGCUCCUCCUGGCAACUGGAUGACUCCCCAGAGAGCUGCUGUGAGCCCUGCGGCUGCAGCGGCCCUUCCUGCUGCCCAGCCCCAUGCUGCCUGCCCACCCCCUGCUUCACCCUUGUGUGCCGACCAGUCUGCUGUGUGCCCGCCUCCUGCCAGCCCUGCCCAGCUGUCUGUGCCCCCUCCUGCUGCCAGUCCACUGGCUGUGGGGCUUCCUGCUGCCAAGCCUGUCCCUGUGCCCCCGUGCAGUCCUGCUGCUGUGAGCCCAUCUGCUGCAAGCCCAGCUGCUGUGUGACCUCAGCUUGCCCAGCCCCCUCCUGCUGCCCAGUGCCCUCCUGUUGCCAACCUUCCUGCUGUGUGUCUCUCACCUGCCAGCCAGCAUGCAGCCCAGCCACCUGCUGUGUGCCUCUCUCCUGCAAACCCACCUGCUGCACCACCUCCUCCUCCUGCUGCUGCUGUGGCCCCUCUUGCUGCCAGCCAGUGUGCAAACCAGCCACCUGUUGUGUGCCUCUCUCCUGCAAACCCACCUGCUGCACCACCUCCUCUUCUUCCUGCUGCUGUGCCCCCUCCUGCUGCUGCCCCACCUCCUCUGUGUCCCUCAUCUGCCGGCCCACCUGCUGCAGACCCUCCUGCUGCUCCACCUCCUGUGGCCAGAAAUCCUGCUGUUGA